AUGCAUUUUUAUUCUUAACAAACGAGAAGAAGUCCAGUACCAUUACUUGACAUUCUCGGAGGAAGAGACGAGAAAAGAUUCAAAAUCAGAGUCCUUAGCCAACAUCGCAUUAUUUCCAUUUAACAAAUUAAUGGUGGAAGAAAAUGUAACGGAUGGGUAAUAAGAAACCACUCGCCUCAAAUAUUUAACGCUUAAAUUCUCUGCAAGAUAGUUGGAGGAUAGCGUUGAAGAAAAGGAGCACAGUAUAAGCAGUGCAUUCCAUAGACCCAGUCACUGUGCGAUAUGCUUGUAUGAUGUGCAAAAAAGAGAAACAUGUCAAGAAUUCUCAUUGCAGGUUUCUCCCAAUUGAGUCUACCCCUCACCAGCUACACAAAAAUUCAAGAUCCCAAGCCUACGCUUGGAAUUCGUGGCACUGCAAAAGUUUCGGCGGGCAUGGGACCGGUUCUUGUAGACGUACAAUCCAAAUGCAAGCCUCAGAGAGUGGAGUACUACAAGUGGCUUGCCGCUAAAUUAGCGGAGGAAGGCAGGCUUUCGGAGUUUGCAAGUUUAAUAUUGACUAUGAGAGAAGCAGGCACGAAUAUCACCAAUUUUGUGCAGCAGCUAGAAAUGGAGGUCGUCCGCGCAGGGUUUGCGCGUGGGAUCGAGAAUGGUGAGCUCUAUGCAGUCUUGGGAACGUUGAGCAGUUUACACAGAGCAGGAUGCCAUUCGCCUAAAUUUCUGGAUGACAAUGCAAUUCGAGUCAUCGCAAACGAGUGUAGAAAGCUUGUCGAAAAAGGAAAUGUAAAGGAAUGCAUUCACCUGCUGCACAUUUUAUCAGAUUGCCAUUUUCCUAUCAAGGAUUUUGUGGAACCUACGUUCAUGAUUCAACAAUGUGUUAAGUUGAAGAAGAUCAGAAUGGCAUUCAGAUAUGUGGAUCUUCUUCCACUACCCCAUGUUUGGUUCAAUUUUCUUAUUCGUGAAUCUGGAAAGCAAGGUGACCUGAUGUCAGCUUUGAUUGCUUUUCAAAGAUCUCAAAGGGAAGCUAUGAGUGCAAAUAUGUAUUCAUAUCGUGAUAUAAUAGAUGCCUGCGGUCUCUGUGGGAAACCUGAAAGGGCUAGAAUUAUCUUCAAGGAGUUGCUCAAUCAGAAGGUUACUCCAAAUGUUUUUGUGUACAAUAGCAUCAUGAAUGUCAAUGCAGGGAAUUUGAAUUUUGUUUUGCAAAUAUACAAACAUAUGCAGAACUCAGGUGUGACUGCUGAUAUGACAACUUAUAAUAUAUUAUUAAAGACAUGGUCCAUUGCUGGAAAGGUUGAUUUGGCAGAACAUCUUUAUAAAGAAAUUCUAAACAGAGAGGCAGCAGGGGAGUUGAAAAUGGAUGUUAUAGCAUACAGCACAAUGAUCCAGGUUUUCGGGAAGGCAAAAAUGUGGGCAUUGGCGAUGGAAGUGAAAAGGGAUAUGAUAGCUGCUGGCAUAAUACCAGAUGUAGUCACAUGGACUUCACUGAUAGGUGCAUGUGCUAAUGCAGGGUUAGUAGAGAAGGCUAUUCAGAUUUUUGAUGAAAUGCUUUCAUCUGGCUGUGUACCUAAUACACAGUGCUGCAAUACACUUCUCCAUGCUUGUGUCAAAUCUUGUCAGUAUGCCCGAGCAUUCCAUUUAUUUAACAAUUGGAAGAAAAAUGGGCUCUAUUUGGCAAGUGCAAAUUCAGAAAAUUUACAUACUGAAAGUAAGAACCAUAGGAUGCAGCUAUCAAGUCCUGUUUUCUAUAAUGGAGUAUCGAAGACAGUUGAGUUCAAACCUACAGUUGUCACAUACAACAUUAUGAUGAAGGCAUGUGGAUCAGCUCCUUAUCUUGUAAAAUCUUUUAUGGAAGAAAUGGAAAUGAUUGGUCUUGUGCCAGAUUGUGUAAGCUGGUCCAUCCUCAUUGAUGCAUAUGGAAAUGCGAAAGAUCUAAGAGGGGCUUUGCAGACUUUCAGCAAGAUGAAUGAAACUGGUGUACGACCUGAUUCAAUUACAUACACUACUGCCAUCAAGGCAUGUGUGAAGAAUAAAAAUCCCGAAAAGGCUUUCUUGAUCUUUGAAACAAUGAAAAAAUAUCGCAUACAACCAAACUUGGUGACAUAUAAUACAUUGUUGAGAGCACGGCGUAAUUAUGGCAAUCUUGCUGAAGUGCAGCAAUCGUUGGCUAUAUACGAGGAAAUGCGAAUAGCGGGGUAUGCUCCAGAUGACAAUCUGUUGAAAGGAUUACUUGAAGAAUGGGCAGAAGGAGCUAUACAACAUAAUAAUUACAGAAAUCUAGAUCAACUGCCUAAGGAAAAGACAAUUUGUAAAGGAAGGGAAGAUACCAGACAAGUGGUCUCCUAUGCAGGAUUGUUUCAAAAAAUCGCGACACAUGCUCGACCAGAUAACAUUAAUAACCUAAUACGAGUUGAUAGACUAACCAAGACAGAAGCUCGGAUUGCUGUUCUUGCUGUUUUACGAAUACUUAAAGAGCGACAUGGCAUUGGGAAUCCAAUCAAAGACGAUUUAACAAUCAUCACUGGAUUAGGUGACACCCAAGAUUCACGAUAUGAUGCUGUUGUUAAAGUCCUUAAAGAUGAAUUGGGCCUUCUUGUCUCCAGUCAUAAAGAUGAUCUUGAUCCAAAAGGACACAUAGCUUUUGAAGAUGAAGUAUGUCAAACUACUUAUCAUCAAAGACUCAGUAAUAGGAUUUCUUCUCAUCAAGAUAGCAGUAUGUACAUAAAUGCUAGCAGUCUAUCUGGAAAGUCAGGAAUUGCUAUCCGAAGGCCUCCAACCCUUGGGUGGUUGAGGGUAUCAAGCGAAUCAUUAAAUCAAUGGCUUAGGAAAAAGAGGUUGCCGGCAAAAGAUACGACAGGGGCAUCCCUCGUCAUCGAUUUUUAAAUCAGAGCACAAUUGAACAAUUGAUCAAGAUAACAAAAUAAUUUUUGAUAAAAUUAUUUGUUGGGUUCAUUUCAGUUAUGUAACAGUUUAUCCUGCUCUAGCAUUGAGAAAGUAAUGUACAUUAGAGGCCGCAAUGCUAGAAAGGGCCUACCUGUUUAUGAUUAGCAUGGGAUUCAAGCAUGGAAAACUUUGCACAUUAUGAUUGAAGUGAACUUAAUGCUAUAGGUCUAUGAUAUGCCCUAAUUAUUUGUACAUAAAUCAUAAGUUGAACUAUAGCUCUCCUUUUUGUGCAGAUAGACAUUCAUCUUUAUGGCAAGUGUCAAUUAAGUAAUCAAUUUCUCCCAUUGACACUUACAGUGUUGUGCCAAAUUAAUGGUGUGAGCAUGCACUUUUCCUUCA